AUGAAAACUCACGUUGGUAAUAUUUUUUGUUUUUUCAAAAAAUAAAGAAAUAAAAUUCUAAAUUUAAAUAAAAACAGAAGUUACAUCAUCAAGAAGAAAACAAAGAAAAGCUCAUUUUGCAUCUCCUUCUCAUUUAAGAUAAUAAUUAAUGUCCUCUCAUUUAUCUGCAGAUUUAAAAAAAAAUACAAUGUAAGAUCACUUCCAAUUAGAAAAGAUGACGAAGUUGUUAUAGUUAGAGGUAAAUUCAAAGGUAAUAAAGGAAAAGUAACCUAAGUUUACAGAAAAAAAUGGGCAGUUCAUGUUGAAAAAAUAUCCAAAAACAAAUUAAAUGGUGCCCCUUAUUAAAUUCCCUUAUCUGCAUCAUAAUUAGUUAUUACCAAAAUUAAAUUAGAUAAAUGCAGAGAAGAUUUAUUAAAGAGAAAGGCUGCAGGAAUUGCAAAACAAAAAGGUCAAAAAUAUACAGUUGCUUGAUGAAAAUAAUGUAUUUUUUUAAUAGAAUAUUAUUUAGCUUUUUAAAAAAGAUUUAUAA